AUGGCGCUGCACACGGUUCUUGUCAUUUUGAGCCUCCUGCCACUGCUGGAGGCCCAGAAUCCAGAACACGCCAACAUCACAGGCAUACCUAUUACCAAUGACACCCUGAGCUGGCUCUCUGGCAAAUGGUUUUACAUCGGCUCGGCUUUACACAACCUCGCAUUCAGGCAGGCAGCUCAAAAGAUACAGGCGGAAUAUUUUUACUUUACCCCCAACGUGACGGACGACACUAUACUGCUCCAAGAAUACCAGACCGUGGAGGACCGAUGUGUCUAUAACAUCAGCAAGCUGGGAGUCCAGAGAGAGAAUGGGACCAUCUCCAAAUCUGAGGGAGCAGUAGAACACUUGGCCCACCUGAAAGUGUUCAAGAAACAUGGGGGCUUCCUGCUUGCCUUUGCCCCGGAUGAUGAAAAGAACCGGGGACUGUCCUUGUAUGCUAAUAAGCCAGAUGUUUCCCCAGAGCUUCUUGAGGAAUUCCAGAAAGCUGUCAAAAGUCUGGGCAUGAAGGAGUCAGAAAUCAUAUAUACUGACUGGAAAAAGGAUAUGUGCAGUCAGGAGCAGGAGCAGUCUGAGCAAGAGAAGAAGAAGAAGACAGAGGAGGGUCCCUAG